AUGACCACUGAAUCGACGAAAUCUGAACAGCGAGAUGCGGCGAAUGAACUGGCUCCGACGAAAUCGGUUCCAGAUUCACUUAUUGUCGUCUUCAUCCACGGGUUCAAAGGGACCGACCAAACAUUUCGAGAAUUUCCCAAGAGACUGGAGCACAUCCUCUCGGAGACCAUAUCGAAUGUUAAGGUGGAAUGUUUGGUGUUCCCUGCGUACGAGGUGACGUGUACCGAUGACAAAGCGGUAGUCCGUUUCGCAGACUGGCUUACCACCUUGACCGUCGAGCGUGAGGUUGCUUCUGGUGGAGGAGCAGGUAAUGCCAAGAUCGUCUUGUGCGGGCACAGUAUGGGCGGCCUACUUGCUGCUGACACCCUUCGUGAGUUUGUCAACUCACGGCCAGAUGCUCAAGCUCCCUUGUGGCCGAAGAUCAUUGCGUGCAUUGCAUUUGACACACCCUACUACGGUUUACAUCCUUUCGUUGUCAAAAACAGCGCAACUAAAUACGCCGAUGCUGCAAAAUCGAUUGGAACACUUCUGGGAUCAUUCCCCGGGUUCAGCGCUAAAACGACAACACCCCCACCCGCUGCAGCCAACACCCAGGCUGCUUCGGGAUGGGGACGAUGGGCAGGACCUGCUGCAUUUGCAGUGGGCGGGGCGAUACUGGCUGGGGCAGCAGCUGGAACGGCUUACUACAGACGGGAGGACUUGAGUCAAGGUUUCUCAUGGGCCACAGAUCACAUGAAAUAUGUUGGUAAUUUAUGGGACGAAGAAGGUCUGUCGAAACGGGUGGAAGCCUUAAUUGACAUUGAGGAUAAGGAUGGUGUCACCUUUAGGUCGUUUUAUGCCAUUUUACCCCCAUCACCGCCAGCUUUCCUUAAUUCCCGGACAUUCGUUGUCCUUCCUAAGGUCACCUCCAGGAGUUUUUCGCAUUUCCUACCGGCGAAGAACAGCACUGCGCCUGACGAACUACAGGCACACAUGGGGAUGUUUGGUGCGCAAACGAACGAUGGAUACUACGAGCUUGGCCUUUCAACGGCCAAAAUUAUUCAAGACGCUGUGGCGUCUUUGAGAGGCGCCAUACACAAACAGAACAAUGGUGAUCCCUUGAAGAGGCCGUCAAAACCGAGUGCAGAGAUUGCGGACCUUAUUAGUCUGUAG